AUGGAUGACUGGGCUGAUUCGAAAACUUUCUCAAUAAUGAUUGAAAUACCUAAGGUUGUAGUGAUAUUGUGCGUUUUUAUGAACGGUGUCCAAACCUCAACAAGACAGGAUAUACAAGACUUGCACGACAAACUGUUACCAACUUAUAACAAAGAUCUCGGACCGAACUUCAACCUUUCUCAACCAAUUGUCCUGUAUAUAACGUUCAAUUUGUUCACACUCAAUGAGUUUGAUGAUAAAGCCGGGAAACUUGUAUUUCUAGGUGUUUCAACUAUUCAAUGGCAGGAUGACAGAAUGGUCUGGGAUCCUCUUCUACACGGGAAUACAACUACGCUAAGGUUACCACAGUCUAAGGUGUGGAUACCCAAUCUUUUGGUUGCAAACUCAUACGAUAACGUUAAAGAGAUCGGCUAUGAUAUCGUACAAGUAACAUACACCUCUGACGGAUGGGCCUCUUGGCCAGUCUCAGACUUAUUCGAUGUGUCGUGCACAGCAGACAUUGCUUACUAUCCGCAAGACCGACAAAGAUGUGAAAUAUAUAUCAUUCCAUGGGCAUACGUAAAGGGUACGUUUGAUUUAAGACUUCCUCUUGAUACAAUGAUACAAAACGACUUCAUAGAUAACGGGAUGUGGAACGUUCUGUCAACCGAAAUGAAAGUACAAGAACACAUCGACAAUAACUACGUCGUGAUGGUAAUCAAGUUCCAAAGACGUCCUCUUUUUGUAAUUUUGAAUCUUCUCCUGCCAAUAACAGUUGUUGGAUUACUAAAUGUUUUUAUUUUCUUACUUCCUCCUGAGCCGGGAGAGAGGACUGCCUUUGGAAUUACAGUGCUAUUAGCCAUGGCUGUGUUCCUGUCGAUUGUUUCCGACCAGCUGCCCAGCACAUCACAUCCACACAUUGCUCGUGUCUCUAUAUACAUUGCCAUUGAAGUAGCAUUAAGUGCAAUCAUAAUGGUGUUCGCGAUAGUUAGUAUAUUAUUGUAUAACACGAAAGACGAUAAACCAGUUCCGGGUUGGAUUAAACGACUGGUACCAUCUCGUUCGAAGUCACAAAAGCACACGAAACAUGGUUCCCCUGUUCAUAGCAAUGUAGACAAUGCUGAUGUUGUAUGCAACGAUACUGGACAAAGUUGUGCAGGAGCAGAUUACGCUGAACAAUUUAGACUCGAAGACAACGAAGUCAGAUGCAUCCCCAACUACAGAGGCCGUCCACAUACAGUCUCUGAAGAUCUAAACGAAAGACCAACGACGGACACCUAUUCCGUCUCAUGGAUUGACGUUGCCAAGUUGUUCGACAAAGUCUGUUUAAUAUUGUUUCUGUCACUAAAUAUAUGUAUCAUUGCAGCAAAAGUGAUUGAUACAAUUAUUAUCGAGAAUAGUGAGAUAAGUUAA